AUGCUAGGAAUAAAGCAAAACAAAUUAAAAAUAUACUCAUCUGACCUCGCAUAUGUUUAUAUAAGAAUUAUGAAUAAUUCAACAUAUUAUAGAAUGAGUACUUAAAUUAGAAAUCAUCCAAAAAUGGUCAUAAUACUAAAAAAUAGCACGUUAACAACGAUUAAUUUUAGUGAAACUGUAAGUUUGGGGGAUUUAAUCAUAUUUAAACAUAAACAUAUAUAGAUCAUAUUGUUGUGA